CAAAAGCCACCGCCUUAUUUGUUGGUUUGGUGCUGUAGCACAGUAGUAGUGAAAAAAAGACAUAUUUAUUAGGUUUCUCAAUUCCCCUGCUUUUGCUUGUCCCUCCCCACGCCAAUUCAACAUUUACAAAAUCCUCGGAUAGUCUUUUUUAUAACUUCCAAAACAUAUUGUUGCCUUUCAUCCUCUCUCAAAAAUCUUCUCUUUUCUCUCAUUUGUCUCUCUUUCUCUGUCAAAAGAUUAACCUUUAACCAUCACUUUCCACACAACUUAAACCAACAAAAAUGCCUGCUGAUUCCGGCGACAGGCGCCCGGUUCGAGUCCCAGGAACCAUGGGGUCGCACCCACCACCCAAUCUGACCGAGCCACUUCCAUGUCCAAGGUGUGACUCAACCAGCACCAAGUUCUGCUACUACAACAACUACAACCUCUCUCAACCUCGCUACUUCUGUAAGUCAUGCCGCCGUUACUGGACUCAAGGCGGAACUCUCCGUAACAUUCCUGUUGGUGGUGGGACCCGCAAGGCUUCCAAGCGAUCUCGAUGUCCUUCUGGCUCUUCUCCAUCUGUUGCAACUUCGUCUUCCUCGAGCGUGACGAAUGAAUCUGAGUCUGUGACUAUGGCUGUUAACCCUGUAAUGGUUGUGCCUGGACCUGGAGUUAAACCUGAAAUGGGUUUGGCUGUUGUAAAUUUGAAUGAAAGUGUGGAUCUUCCUGUGAAUGGAGGCUUCACUUCAUUCUUGAAUUCUCAGGGAGAAGGGUACUUGACACUUGGUGGAUACGGGUUUGGGGCUGGUUCAGAGUUUGAUGGGGUUUGGGGUUAUCCUGGAAAUGGUUAUCUUGGAGGUUUCAAUGGCGGGGGUAGUGGUGGACCUGGUGGUGCCGUAGGUGGUGCUACUGGGUGUAAUACAUGGCAAGCAGCAAGCGAUGUUGAAGGUGGCGAAGGUUUAGUUGAUGGGGAUUGCUUUGGUUGGCCAGGUCUUGCAAUUUCUGCUCCAGGUAAAGGUUUGAAGUGAAAAAGAUUUUGCCAUUUCGAGAAAAGGUUUCGUCUUUUACUUUUUUUUUUUGGCUUUUUGGGUAGCGUUUGGAGAGUUUCCUUGUUGAUGGUGUUGUUUAGGCUGGAUUUUUUCAGUUCUAGUUGUCCUUUCUUUUGGGUCAGUUUUUUUCAUCUGGUGGGUAUAGAGAGAAAGAUUAUAGUAGAAUAGAAGACUGUUGAUCAAAGUGUCUCCUUUUGAAUGAACUUAGGGUUUUGUUUUUUGAUGACUGUAAAUCUCUGGUGUACUUGAAUACUUUGCACUGGGAAAGAAAUGAAUGAUAAACGACAG